AUGGGAUCUCUGUACGACGCAAAUACCGCUGUAGAAACUUUUUUUUUCAAUCGCGAUUUACGAAAGCAUUUUUCUGGACUCAUGAAACAAGCAUUUCAAGAGGUGGAGGACCCAGGAGAAGGAGGAGUGCAAUGUCCGGAAGAAGCUCGUUACGAGGCAAAUAAUAACCUGAAGAAAUGUGCCACCGACGCUGAGCUCCUAUCGGUCAAGCCUGAAGUUGAGGAUAGAGCGGUUCACACGAGACUCUUUAUGGAGAAGGCGUUGACACAGGUUUCAACUGAGCAGCUUCUGUAA